CACCGGUAUCCUCGCUGUUGCUAGUUAGCAUCAAAUUAGAAAGAUUCAACAAGGGUGUUUGUCUUGCUGGCCAGGAACCCUGUUUUUAUUCGUCUGUCUUUCUUGCUGUGCCUGUUAUUGUUCUUCCUGUCCCCAGCAUCCUGGUGCCCUUUGCCUCCGCAUCUUGCCUCACUGGCGUUGAGGUGUGAAGAUCCACUUCAUAUCUUAGCUCUAGAAGCAACCAUUGUUAUACAGCUUGGCUUAUGGUGCUUUAUGCUACACAACCAUCACACCACUUGAGAAGAGAUAUCAUCUGUUGCGAACCGCGCAUAUGAUUGCGUUACAAAAUCAGGUCAUCCUACCUCCCGCCAAAGUGGAUAUCUCACUGUUACUGAAGCCCCAGGAUGAAGAGGAGGCUACCACAGUGACCACAUCUUCCAAUUUCCCACCAAGUGUGAUCCAACAAACCCCAGUGGCACCGUCAAUGCCUGUGGCGACUCCACUCCCUUCGGUGCCCCCGCUUACCUCCAAAAUCCCCGCUACUGUUCCUGCCAAACGCCUUCAACCAGCUCAUACAGCAGAAUCGCCGGCAAAAAAACAAUCGAAAUGGUCUCCAGAAGAGGAUGCUCUGAUUAUUGAAUUGAGGGGAAGUGGUAUGAAAUGGGAGGAUAUUAGCAAGCGGCUUCCUGGCCGGAGUGCUAUAAGCUGCCGUCUUCAUUACCAGAAUUAUUUGGAGCGCCGGAGUGAGUGGGACGAGGACAAGAAAAACAAGCUUGCGAGGUUGUACGAGAGAUUCAAAGCAGAAAUGUGGUCAAAGGUGGCAGAAGAGAUGGCCAUUCCGUGGAGAGCCGCGGAAGCCAUGCAUUGGCAAUUGGGAGAACAAGAAAUGGCGCGCCGAGCUGGUGUGGUUCCAUUUUCACUGUCGAGCACAGCAAUAGAUCCGCCAGCGCCUAGGACCCGCAGAGCCAGCACGUCUCUGUCUCGACCAAGGAAGGGAUCGGCAUCACGUUCAAUCCCUCCUCCGCCCCAGCUGCCUUCCGUCGAAGAGCUUACUGCCGGGGUUCCUGCCUUUGCGCCGCUCCCGCCUUUUCCACCUCCCCGUGAAUCCUACAGACUGGGACGACCCUUGGAUCUGAGUGGUGGACAUGGCAGCCCGCUGGGACCAAAUCUCGGUCUCCCUCCUCGAACCCUUCCGUAGGGAGGUUAUGAAGAACACGACUCCUAUGCCUGAGUAUUUUGCGUUACGAACUGCAGAGCGCUGGUCGGAAUGAUAUCUUCACUCACGGGAGAUCUUAUCAUAAAUGGUUCUCCCGAGUGCUUAUGCUCGCAUUUUUUUAUUGUCCUCAU